AAAACAUCAUUGCUCACAACAACACUAGUAGACCAUCGAGUAGAAUCACUCAUUAGUAACAGUAUAACUACGGUGCUGCUGUGCUGUGCCUGAAGCAUAGGAAACACAGGCACUCUUCAUUGUAACAAAGAUCGCACAAACCAAGGAGUUAUUUAUUAUUUUUUGUCUAAUGCAAAGAGGACUUUAGGGGUCUGGAAGCCAGUGAACACGGCGAGAUUAUUUUGGUUCAUUGGAAUUAACAGCAGCAAGGAUUCAAGUCUUUCCUGGCUUUGAUGCGACCCGACUUUGUCUGGAGCAUGUCCACAGCAGGCCUGACUGCUCAGGAGAUCUGUCUGCCCACAGAAAGCCCCUUCCUGCGGGCCAGCUACUGUCACAGCAUGGCUCGAUCCAAACCCUCAUGGAGCAAUCCUCAUGAACGAGAGAAGCUGUUGUACUUCAGUAUGGAAUCCCAACAUAUAGAUCCAAGCUUCCCACCCUAUCAACCACUACCCCCGACACUCAGUGCUGAGAAGAAGAAACACAGCCAGAAGAAGUCCCCGCCCACCCUUCCCUUCCUGACACUCCCGGAGCCGUGGACGCCCAGCCCGGACGACGACCAGGUGGUCCCGUCCUUCCAGAGGCUGUCAAUUCACGAGCGGAGCAGCCCUCCCCAGACGCCCGGCAGAUGUUCCAAACCCCUGCCCCCCCUCCCCACGCGGCCCGACCACUGCCCCGAGCAGGAUAUGGACCGAGAGGUGGAGGAGUUGUUCCUCGGCACGGAGGACAGCCGCUGCCUGGUGCCCGACCUGUGCUCCAAGCCUUCCCCUUUCCGCUACGGGGCCCCCUUCCGAAGGAGCUUCCGGGACUGCGGGAAGGUCAACCAGGCCUACUUUGAAGGCCCCACGGUGCAGCCCAGGCCGCCCCAGCCUCAUCCGCACCCCGGGAGGGAAUCGAACAGGGAAUCUGUGGAGAAGCAUCCCCCGGAGCCGCCCGAGCCCCCCUCGGCGGGGGGCCGGGACAGGGCUCAGAGGAAGCUGCGGCGGUCCCAGUCGGGCCCCGCCGGCUCCAAGCCCUCGUCCUGCCGCUCCCGCCGGCCCCCCGCCAUGGAUAGAGCGACCGCCCCUCCCCCGGUGCCCCCGCGGCCCAGCAAGACGGUGGACUACCGCCGCUGGUCGGCGGGGGACCCGCACGGCGCCUACAGCGACGAGGACAAACCCCCCAAGCUGCCCCCCCGGGAGCCUCUGCCGGUGGGCUGCUCCCGCACCCCCAGCCCCAAGAGCCUCCCCACGUACUUCAACGGGGUGAUGCCCCCCACCCAAAGCUUCGCCCCGGACCCCAAGUAUGUGAGCCUGCAGAGACAGAACAGCGAGGGCUCGCCCUGCAUACUGCCCGUGAUCGAGAACGGCAGGCAGGCCAGCUCCACACACUACUUUCUGAUGCCGCUGGGUCGAGGCGGGAGAGGGGACUCGACUUGACUCUAUAGGGGACCCCCCACGGGGGUGUUGGGAAACAACGACAUGGAAACGGUGAUAUCGGACACUUCCGUCCCUCAAACUGCUGCUUGCCCCUCUUUUGUUUUGUUUGGUCGAUGAGUUUUGCUUUUAUUUUUUUGACCCCCUCUGUAUUCUGAAGACACAGGGUAUGUGUGCACUGCAUUCAGUUACUGGAAGCGUCGAACGGCGUUUGUGACGAGAGACGAUUUACCGAGGACAAACGACGACAGCUACAACGACCACGACAACACGCGCGUCUCGGGUUAGAGGUCGUAGGUGAACCGUGGCACGGAUUAUUUUUUUAUAUGAAUAUUAUUUCACCGUAUUCAACGGUGUGCUCUUCUUUGGCUCAUUCUGUGGUGCAGUUGAAAGGGUACAAGCGGGACUUGCGCCUUGCGUUCUCAGUGUUUUGUGCCUGGCGGGGUGGAGAGCAGGUGGGCGACACUCGUUCAGUUUAGUGUGAACUGAUUUUUUUUUUUACAUUGCUUUUGAAUCUCACACGGGACAAAAGGUCAGUAGCGAAAACCAUGUAUCACUUAACGUAUCUAUGAAGCUUACAUUACCAUUUUUAUGUCUAUAUGAAGGAUGCAUCGACGAAAAACAAUCCCACUCUUAUGUUCUGUAUACAUACAUGUGUUCCCCUGCAUGUCUCCACUACAACCGGUAUGUAGUUCCCCUGCCUCGGAGUGUGUCCGGACCCGUCUCUCCCCCCCUGUCUCGGUUUGUUAUUGGCCUGCCCCACACAGUACAUUUUGUGUGGAUGGACAUCAUAUGUGUAGCUAUGCAUUGUUCCAGAAGAAUGUCUUUCAUUAGUGAACGUGUUGUUGUAUGUGUAUGUGUUUGCGUAUGUGUGUGUGUGUGUGUAGUGUAGGACCAGUGCUUCUGGUAAUUUUUUGUUUAUAUAUAUCUAUAUAUAUAUAUAUAUAGAUAUAUAUAUAGAUAUAUAUAGAUUGACUUUCUACAUUUUGUAGAAAAAUAGUUAACAAUAUUUGUUACCGUGCUCUGCCUGUUUUGCAUCACCUGCUCUUUAAGUACAACUUCCUCAAGUGCACACUUGUAUUAUUACUCGCUCGUCGUCGGUGUCCAGGUCAGGUCUUUUUGCACAGGAGUUAAUUCUUGGUAAAGCUGUGAGUCAUUUGCUUGGAAAUAAUUUGCCUCAAGUACUACCUCCCUCGAUGACCCUUCAGAAAAACGCUCUGACAAUAGCCGCUAUUUACUUUGCUUUACACUCUUAAUGACAUAUGCAUACAAGAUAGGGUGGUGAACAUGUUGUCCCCCUUCAUUAUAUUCCUCACUAUGCUCCACAAUUAUUACUUGUUCAAUUUCACACACAAUAGAUGAGAAAACCCCCUUAAACUACACACACAGUUCAAACCACUUCAUAUUUUUUGAACAGUCCUUAAAAUCGCCGAUCCUUCACAACAAAGGAAGUUUGGCUCACCUGAUAGCACGCAUGACACGCACACACACACGCACACGCGCACACAGUGCGCGCGCACAAAGUGCAUGCGCAGGCCAUGACAAACUGACUUUCUUGUUCUGCUCAUGCAUUCCUGCCUUACAUGAUUGCAGUGGGUGUGGUAGGAGAGACUUUGGCUGCUGGCAGCAGGUGAAGUACAUGAAUUUUAUUGUUAUAGGUGAUUGAAGUACCUUUGGGAUGAUAUAAUUAAUGUAGCACAUGCGUUGAGGUAACCCCUGUGUGAAGAACACGCUGUUCAGUAUAAAGAAGAGAGAAAAGACACAUUAGCGCGAAGGUCAAACGGUCAUUGAAGUAUGCUUUAUAUUUUACUCUCCCUCCUGGUCACGAGAAAAGAAUACCUUGCUAGAGACGACGUUUUGAUAUAAUGUCUCAACAUGUUUACAUUAUACACUGAUUUUUUUGUUAUAUUUAAUCUUAAUAUAUUGACAUGUCUUGAGAAUAAAAACGACAUCAAAUGAAGAUUAUGGUUGUACUUUCAUUGAGAAAUAACUGACAUUCUCUGCUGUGGUAUAAAAACAUGCACUGGGAGAGUUAAGAGAGUGUACAGUAUUUAACAAAGAAACUGUCAUUAUGUAUGGUUGAUCGAUCUAUAGUCUUUUAAAAAGGAAAACAAAAUAAAACAACUUAUUUAUGAACCUG